AAAAACUGGAGCACACAGGCAGCAUUACGCCAUUCUUCCUUCUUGGAAAAAUCUCUCAGCCUUAUACAAGCCUCCUUCAAGCUCUCAGUCAGUUGUGCGGGAGAAAGGGGGCGGUCGGCUUUCUCCUUUCAAGAACGAGUUAUUUUCAGCUGCUGACUGGAGACGGUGCACGUCUGGAUACAGGAGCAUUUCCACUAUGGGACUGGAUACAGACACACGCCCGGCGGACUUCAAGAGUCUCAGACUGAGGAGAAAGCCCUGCCUGCUGCUGCCACUGCUUCUGAAGAUCCACUCCUUUCAUGGUUUUUCCUGCCAAGCCAGAGGCACCUUCGCUGCUGCCACUGUUCUCUCUGGUGUCAUUCAGCGGCUGGCCAGAGGAUGAGACUCCCCAAACUCUUCACUUUCUUGCUGUGGCACCUGGCUUGGCUGGAUCUGCAACUCAUCUGCACUGUGUUGGGUGCCCCUGACUUGGGCCAGAGACCCCCGGGGACCAGGCCAGGACUGGCCAAAGCAGAGGCCAAGGAGAGGCCCUCUCUGGCCCGGAACAUCUUUAGGCCAGGUGGUCACAGCUACGGUGGGGGGGCUGCCAAUGCCAGGGCAAAGGGAGGCGCUGGGCAGACACAGGCCAAGAAAGAUGAACCCAAAAAGCCGCCCCCCAGAUCUGGUGGCCCUGAACCCAAGCCAGGAUCCCCUCCUCAGAUCAGGCAGACUGCAUCACGGACUGUAACCCCAAAAGGACAGCUUCCUGGGGGCAAGGCACCUCCAAAAGCUGGAUCUGUCCCCAGCUCUUUUCUGCUGAAGAAGUCCAGGGAGCCUGGGCCCCCUCAAGAGCCAAAGGAGCCGUUCCGCCCGCCCCCCAUCACACCCCAUGAGUACAUGCUUUCGCUGUACAGGACGCUGUCCGAUGCUGACAGAAAGGGAAGCAACAGCAGCGUGAAGUUGGAGGCUGGCCUGGCCAACACCAUCACCAGCUUUAUUGACAAAGGGCAAGAUGAUCGAGGCCCUGUGGUUAGGAAGCAGAGAUACAUGUUUGACAUUAGUGCCUUGGAGAAGGAUGGGCUGCUGGGGGCCGAGCUGCGAAUUUUGAGGAAGAAGCCCUCAGACACAGCCAAGCCAGUGGCCCCUGGUGGUGGGCGGGCUGCCCAGCUGAAGCUGUCCAGCUGCCCCAGCGGCCGGCAGCCGGCAGCCUUGCUAGAUGUACGCUCUGUGCCAGGCCUGGACGGAUCUAGCUGGGAGGUGUUUGACAUCUGGAAGCUCUUCCGAAACUUUAAGAAUUCAGCCCAGCUGUGCCUGGAGCUGGAGGCCUGGGAACGUGGCCGAGCUGUGGACCUCCGAGGCCUGGGCUUUGACCGGGCUGCCCGGCAGAUCCACGAGAAGGCCCUGUUCCUGGUGUUUGGCCGCACCAAGAAACGGGACCUGUUCUUUAACGAAAUUAAAGCCCGCUCUGGCCAGGACGAUAAGACUGUGUAUGAGUAUCUGUUUAGCCAGCGGCGGAAACGACGGGCUCCACUAGCCACUCGCCAAGGCAAGCGACCCAGCAAGAACCUCAAGGCUCGCUGUAGUCGGAAGGCACUGCAUGUCAACUUCAAGGACAUGGGCUGGGAUGACUGGAUCAUCGCGCCUCUUGAGUACGAGGCCUUCCAUUGUGAAGGGCUGUGUGAAUUCCCUUUGCGUUCCCAUCUUGAGCCCACAAACCAUGCGGUCAUUCAGACCCUGAUGAACUCUAUGGAUCCUGAGUCCACACCACCCACCUGCUGUGUGCCCACUCGGCUGAGUCCCAUCAGCAUCCUCUUCAUUGACUCUGCCAACAAUGUGGUGUAUAAGCAGUACGAGGACAUGGUCGUGGAGUCUUGUGGCUGUAGGUAG